AGUGUGUCUUUGUCUUCAGUUAAAACUUAAAACAGCGAAAGUAAUUCUACUCUCUCUUCGUUCGUUGUGUUUUCCUCUCUUUGAUCGCCGGCACUCGAUUCUGCUAUUGCGCUAUCCGCGGCUAGAUCUCCUAUCAGAAAUCAUCCAUUUCCUUAGUGGUCAAGCUAAAGCUUAUGGGGACCGAAAAUCCCAAUCCUCGAAACUAUCCAUUAAGACCAGCUGCAACACCGUUUGCUUCUCAGCAAUCUUCAACACCUUUCUUAUCGUCUGGUCCUGUUGUUGGAUCAGAAGCACCCAUCUUUAGGCCAGGGCCUACUGCAGCGUCAAAUUUCCAAGCACCUCCUUUUUCUGGGGGACCUCUGGUUGGAACGGAGGCCCCUGCCUUUAGACCCCCUCCAUCAAGUAGAUCUAAUGAAGUUGUUCGCCCACCUCCUCCACCAUCUUCUGGUGGCCCACCUAUUUCAGGAUUUCAGAGUUUCCCAAACCCCCCAAUGCCCAUGGCUGGUCAAGUACCACCUCCUCACAUCUCUCUUACAGCCCGGCCUGGUAUUGCUCCACCAACCAGACCUCCUCCUCCAGGUCCUGCUUCUAUAUUUUCACUGCCUCAGCCACCUUUGGUGUCCAUGGGGUCUCCGCCUCAAAGCUUAAAAACUGGACAACCUAACCCAAAUAUCCCUCCUCCUGCAGAUCAGCACUUCUCAGCUCCUAGGCCUAGUUCCCAGCCUUCUUCGCCACCACCUGGGACAUCUUAUGCUACUGGCAGGGGUAUCUAUCCAGGUUAUGCCACCAUGCAACCAAAUUCUGUCUCCCAAGCUCCACCUAUGCAGCCUGCCUCCUUUCAAUUGCAACAAGGAGGUUAUGGUCCACCUUUGCAGUCUGCCUCCUUUCCUUUACAACAAGGGGGGUAUGGUCCACGAGCGCCUCCAACUUCUCUUCUAGCUCAACAAAGAGGUUAUGCUCCCAUUCCACCCAUUUCGACUCCAUCUGGCAUCUAUCCAGGGAACCAGUUCCAGCAACAUGGCAUAGCACCUCCAGUUGCUGCUCAACAGGGUUUGGCUGAGGAUUUUAGUUCGCUCUCUCUUGGAUCCAUACCAGGAUCGUUUGAUGCUGGACUUGAUAUCACAGCCUUACCAAGGCCAUUAGACGGUGAUGUGGAACCUAAGUCUUUUGCUGACAUGUACCAGAUGAAUUGUAAUUCUAGAUUCUUGCGACUGACAACAAGUGGCAUACCGAAUUCUCAAUCAUUGGCAUCGCGGUGGCAUUUGUCUAUAGGGGCUGUUGUUAGCCCUCUGGCAGAAACUCCUCCUGGGGAGGAAGUUCCAAUAGUUAAUUUUUCCACAGGAAUCAUUAGAUGUAGAAGGUGUCGUACUUAUGUAAAUCCAUAUGUCGCAUUCACAGACAAUGGAAGAAAGUGGAGAUGCAAUAUAUGUUCAUUGCUAAAUGAUGUUCCAAGUGAUUAUUUUGCUCAAGUGGAUGCUAGUGGCAGAAGAGUUGAUUUGGAUCAAAGGCCUGAACUUAUAAAGGGUAGUGUUGAGUUUAUCGCUCCAGCUGAGUACAUGGUCCGCCCUCCAAUGCCGCCACUGUAUUUUUUCCUCAUCGAUGUGUCAAUAUCUGCUGUUAAAAGUGGAAUGCUUGAGGUUAUGGCACAGACUAUUAGGUCUUGUCUGGACAACUUACCUGGUUCUACACGAACACAAAUUGGCUUUAUAACUUAUGACAGCACCAUACAUUUCUAUAACAUGAAGUCAUCAUUGCCGCAGCCUCAGAUGAUGGUUAUCUCAGAUUUGGAUGAUGUAUUUGUUCCAUUACCAGAUGAUCUUCUAGUCAACUUGUCAGAAUCUAGGAGUGUGGUGGAGGCAUUCCUUGAUAGUUUGCCCUCUAUGUUCCAGGAGAACAUGAAUGUUGAAUCCGCAUUUGGUCCGGCUCUGAAAGCCGCAUUCUUGGUUAUGAGCCAACUUGGCGGUAAAUUGUUAAUUUUCCAGAAUACUCUACCAUCUCUUGGUGCUGGCCGUCUUAAGCUGCGUGGGGAUGAUAUAAGAAUUUAUGGGACAGAUAAAGAGCAUACUAUACGAUUACCUGAAGAUUCAUUUUAUAAACAGAUGGCUGCUGAUUUCACUAAGUACCAGAUAGCUGUAAAUGUUUAUGCAUUCAGUGAUAAGUACACGGAUAUUGCAUCUUUGGGAACACUGGCAAAGUAUACUGGUGGUCAGGUGUACUAUUAUCCAAAUUUCCAGGCUAGCAUCCAUAAAGAAAAGUUGAAACAUGAGCUAAGCAGAGAUCUUACCAGAGAAACUGCAUGGGAAGCAGUCAUGCGGAUAAGAUGUGGAAAAGGAGUACGUUUCACAUCUUAUCAUGGGAACUUUAUGCUAAGAUCCACGGACUUACUCGCGCUUCCUGCUGUUGACUGUGAUAAAGCUUAUGCAGCACAAUUGUCUCUUGAAGAGACACUGCUGACUACCCAGACUGUCUACUUUCAAGUUGCAUUACUAUAUACAUCAUCAUCUGGAGAGAGGCGUAUUAGGGUACACACUGCAGCUGCUCCAGUUGUUGCAGAUCUGGGAGAGAUGUACCGCCUGGCUGACACUGGAGCAAUUAUUUCUUUGUUCUCCAGGCUAGCAAUUGAAAAGACUUUGUCAUCCAAGUUGGAAGAUGCCCGGAAUGCCAUUCAACAUCGUAUUGUCAAAGCUUUAAGGGAAUAUCGAAAUCUUUAUGCUGUUCAACAUCGCUUGUCUGGAAGGAUGAUCUACCCCGAGUCACUAAAAUUCUUACCAUUGUAUGGACUAGCAUUGUGCAAGUCACUAUCCCUCCGUGGUGGGUAUUCUGAUGUGCAGCUUGAUGAGCGAAGUGCUGCGGCUUACACCAUGAUGGCUUUACCAGUUAAAAGUUUGCUGAAACUUCUGUAUCCUAACCUGGUUCGUGUGGAUGAGUAUCUUGUAAAAACUGAAGAAUUUGACACCAAAAAGAGGCUUCCACUAACUGUAGAGAGCUUAGACACCAGAGGUCUCUAUAUCUUUGAUGAUGGUUUCCAGUUCGUUGUAUGGUUUGGAAAAGCACUUUCACCUGACAUAACUAAGAAUUUGGUUGGGGAAGAUUUUGCCACAGACUUCUCAAAGGUUAGCAUUUCCCAAAGAGACAACAAUGUGUCUAGAAAGAUCAUAGAGAUUCUUAAUCAAUAUAGGAAGAGCGAUCCGUCAUAUUUUCAGCUAUGCCAUCUUGUGAGGCAGGGUGAUCAACCUAGAGAAGGUUUCUUCCUACUCACAAGUCUUGUCGAGGACCAGACUGGUGGUGCCAAUGGUUAUGCUGACUGGAUGUUGCUACUUUCUCGGCAAGUUCAACAAAAUGCAUAAUAAUUGGGAAAUUUGUUAUUACGGUCAUGUGAGAAUUGCAAAGCAAACAGUAGCUCGCCCCUCAAACUCCAGACGGUCAAGGUCGUGAAGCGAAUGCCGUUGAAGGCAAAUAAAGGAAAGAAGAAGAUGUAGAUGUCCAUGUAUGUCUCCAAAUUGUGGAUCACUGGAUUUUGAGAUGAAAUAUAUGCUGGCUUUGUGUUGGAAAUGGAUUCUGGAGUAGCAGCUAGUUUUGGAAAAUGCAAGAGAUAAUCCAUUAUUAUAUUCAUCAUCUCUGUUUAGCUGGACAGUGCUUUUUGGGUUUAUGAAUUUUUACUUAUUUAGUGUAAUUUCAUGCCAAUUUAUUUUUGUAAUAGACAGCCAGAUUUUGGGAUGUGUAUUUAGAUAUAUAUUAACAAUAUUCUUUUAAAUAUUUUUGUUGUAUGUGGAA